GCCAGGAGAAAAAAAAUAUAUCGUCACGUGAGUUGUUUUGAUCGUUGUUUCACCGAAGUACAAAAAGAAGAAAAAUAAAUUAAAAUGAGGGUGUUUCUUUGGAAUAUUUGAAAACCAGCAGUCUUGAGAUACAACUACAGCAAAGGAGCAGGUUCUUGUGGAAGUGGUGGACCGGACCGGGCAGUUUUCUGAACCAGUUCUCGGCGGUUAUUCAGAGAGCCAUGAAUGACUUUGCAGUUCUCAACACGGGGAGGAAGAUGCCCCUGAUUGGACUGGGAACAUGGAAGAGUGAGCCAGGAAAGGUCAAACAAGCUGUUGCGUGGGCGUUGGAGGCCGGCUAUCGUCACAUUGACUGCGCAGCCAUCUAUGGGAAUGAGACUGAGGUUGGAGAUGCUCUGCAGGAGACGCUCGGCUCUGACAAGUUCCUGAGGAGAGAGGACGUGUUCGUCACUUCUAAGCUGUGGAACAAUUGCCACCACCCAGAGGAUGUAGAGCCCGCCCUCCUGAAGACGCUGAAGGACUUGAAGCUGGACUACCUGGACCUCUACCUCAUGCACUGGCCUUACGCCUUCCAACAAGGAAACAUUCCUUUCCCCAGAAAAGAGGAUGGCACUUUGUUGUAUGACGACACAGACUACAAGCUGACCUGGGCAGCCAUGGAGAAGCUGGUGGAGAAGGGCCUGGUUCGCUCCAUCGGCCUGUCCAACUUCAACAGCAAACAGAUUGAUGACAUCCUGUCUGUGGCCAGGAUUAAACCCACUGUUCUUCAGGUAGAGAGCCACCCAUACCUGGCCCAGGUAGAGCUGCUGGCCCACUGUCGGGAUCGGGGUCUGGUGUUGACGGCGUAUAGUCCUCUGGGGUCUCCUGAUCGGGCCUGGAAACAUCCAGAUGAACCUGUCCUGCUACAAGAACCAGUUAUUGCCUCACUUGCAGAGAAAUAUAAAAUGUCACCUGCUCAAAUCAUCCUAAGGUGGCAGACACAACGAGGAGUAGUAACAAUUCCCAAGAGUGUGACAAAAUCUCGCAUCCAGGAGAACAUUCAGGUGUUUAACUUCACCCUGGAAGCAGAAGAAAUGAAAAGCAUCACAGCACUGAAUAGAGGCUGGCGCUACAUCGUCCCUAUGGUUGAAGUGGAGGGAAAGCGUGUUCCCAGGGACGCAGGACAUUGUUACUACCCCUUUAAUGAGCCCUACUGACGACUCCACGCAGAGCCCGAGUUUGUGCCUUCAGUCUA